AUGAUAAGUAAGCUACUACUCCUGGCCCUCAUAGGCGCCGCCUAUGGGAGACCGAAGACUCACUGUCCAGCGGACGGUACACAGUACUUAGUCGCACACAAGAACGACUGCAGUAAAUACUACAUCUGCGAAAAUGGAAGGAAUAUUCUAAAAUCACGUUGCCCAGUGAACACGUACUUCUCAAUUGAGAAUCAAAAAUGUGGCGACAUCAUUGAAGCCAGAUGCCGCAACUCAGUCCGGCGAGGUAGGGACGGAAAAGACGGCGAAGACGGAAAAGAUGGUGAGAACGGUGGCGGUCAUGCUGGAAUCGGCGGCUUUGGUGGUCGUGCUGGAGUCGGUGGCUUCGGAAACGGCGGAAAUGGUGGCCGCGGCGGUAAUGGCGGAAACGGUGGAAACGGAGCGAGGAUGCUCCGCCAACGCAAUAAACGCAGUGUUGGCUACGAGACUCACCCCAACGGCUGUCCUGUAGACUACAGAAUAGAGAAGCUGUUCCGUCAUCCCGAGUGUAACAAAUUCUUCCAAUGUGUCCACGGCUCUUACCAAGAAAUGCCAUGCGCCCCGGGAACUCUAUUCAGCUACAAUUUACAGGAAUGUACUUGGCCUCAUUUAUCUGACUGUGGAGGAGAUGACAACGGUGGUGACGAUAACGAUGGCGAUGAUAACGGCGGGGAUGACAACGGCGGCGAUGAUAACGGCGGGGAUGACAACGGCGGCGAUGAUAACGGUGGGGAUGACAACGGUGGUGACGAUAACGACGGCGAUGAUAACGGUGGGGACAACAACGGCGGUGACGACAACGAUGGGGAUGACAACGGCGGUGACGACAACGGCGGUGACGACAACGGCGGUGACGACAAUGGCGGUGACGACAACGGUGGUGAUGAUAAUGACGGCGAUGACAACGGUGGGGACGACAAUGGCGGUGACGACAACGAUGGGGAUGGCAACGGCGGUGACGACAACGGCGGUGACGACAAUGGCGGUGAUGAUAAUGACGGCGAUGACAACGGUGGGGACGACAACGGCGGGGACGACAACGCCGGGGAAGACAACGGCGGCGAUGACAAUGGCGGGGAUGAUAACGGCGAUGAUGAUGAAGGUGGAAAUGGAGGCAACGGAGGUAAUGGUGGCAAUGGAGGAAACGGUGGCAAUGGUGGUAAUGGCGGUAAUGGAGGCAACGGGGGUAAUGGAGGCAACGGGGGUAAUGGAGGCAACGGCGGUAAUGGAGGCAAUGCAGGAAAUGGAGGCAAUGGAGGCAAUGGAGGAAAUGGCGGCAACGGAGGCAACGGUGGCAACGGUGGUAAUGGAGGCAAUGCCGGUAAUGGAGGCAACGGAGGAAAUGGAGGUAACGGAGGCAACGGAGGAAAUGGAGGUAACGGAGGCAACGGAGGCAAUGGAGGCAAUGGAGGCAACGGAGGCAAUGGUGGAAAUGGUGGACGUGUCUUCUAA